AUGGCGGCCGAAGGUGUGUACAAGCGCUUUGUGAAAGUCGACCUCCUCAUUGACGUGCCUGCUGCAGACGCCCCUGUCUUUCUGCACAGCGUGCCCGUUUUGUUCAGAUCGGACAACCCCAAUUUCACGCCGUAUAUCAUCGGUGUCCCUAACCCGCCCCACGCGCCAUCCAUCUGCGAGAGCGUUAACGGCAGCGGUGCGCACGCCAGCAUUGACGUGCAUGGCACUGCCACCGGCGUUGACUGCAUCAUGCCCAGGCAGAAAGCACUCGACCUCGGCCUCCAAUGUCUCUUCGAAGACAUCCUCGAGAACAUGGACUACUUUGGUCUCAUCAAGUGCACGGUCCCAGAAGAGACAAUUCUGACGGGUCCAAGAGCGAGCGAAGGCCUCCUUCACGUCUACUGCAGCAGAAAGAUGGUGCACGAGGACUUGCCUUUUAUGGACAGAACGGUCAAUAUUGGGGGCAGCGGGAUGAGGAAAAUGAAGCUCGGCUUUGAUACUUUUGCAGAUGGUUCUUCCGUUGAGAGUGUCCGAAACAAGAGGCUGGUGGGAAGGAAAGCUGUUCUGAGACUGACGAAGGCGCAAGGCCUGCCACGAACAUAUUUUACGCCGUACAGGAUCGGUGUCCCUCACCCGCCCCACGCGCCAUCCAUCUGCGAGAGCGUCAACGGCAGCGGCGCGCACGUCAGCAUUGACGUUCAGGGCACUGCCACCGGCGUUGACUGCAUGAUGCCUAGGCAGAUAGCGAUGGACCUCGGCCUUACGUGUCUCUUCGAAGACAUCAUUGAGAACAUUGACUACUUUGGCCACAUCAAGUGCACGGUCCCAGGGGAGACGAUUCUGACGGGUCCAAAAGCGAGCAAAGGCCUCCUUCACGUCUACUGCAGCAAGAUGAUGGUCCAUGAUGUGCCUUUGCUGGACACUGCGGUUAUUGUUGGGGGCAGCGGGACCAGCAAGAUGAAGCUCGGUUUUCAUACUUUUCUGGGAUCGGAGACCGAUCAUGUCAAGUGCCAAUACGUAUGCUGCAAAAGAUGGAACCAAUCGUAG